CUGUAGGAAAACAAACGCUGCGAUUGGCUGAGACGCGGUGUCGGUUUCAAGGCGCCCUGCGUUCUGUCGGGGAGAGGGGAGGGGGGGUCGGUCUUGUGAAUGGAGGGGGGCGCCUCGAAACCGGUGGAAUCCGCACGGAGUGAGGAGAGCGAGCCUCUGGACUUCCAACCGCUCAGCAUGUGAAGCGACGAUCCGCGUUAAAGUCAAGACGAGAGAGAAAAAAACGGCGGAAAUAUGAGACUUUUUAACUUUUAAACAACUCUCCUUUUGCGUGAAAGUGGCGUCGAUUGAGUGCUAAAACCACCGGGAUAAUUCGCGUUCGCGUUGCUUUGAAGAAAAUGGGACUUUAAGUGUUAUUUUCACGGGGAUUGGGAGUGAGAGUGGGCUGCUCGGAGUCACUUACAAAAGACCAUCAAGAAGUCAUGACACGACGAACGUUUCAUUUGGAUUUAUCUUCAUAGAAACACGAAGAAAAGACGGCUGCUGCAUUUUUAACUCGAAGUACUCGGACUAUAAAGAAAGUUUUGCUCCAGUUGGUGUGAUUUUUCGUUGCUUUUCAACGGUUUUCAAGUCGCCCUACUUGGAUCAAAGUUUUUCCUUCCCUCCCCCCCUCUCCUCCUCAACUAUGGCGGCGGCCAGGUCCACCACUGGCUCCUCCGUGUUGCUGCGGAUCAUGUGGCUGCUGUUGUGCGGGCUCUCCUCGCUCACUUCUGCUCAACAUUACAACAGUGAAAGUGGAAUAUCCGUCCCGGAACACGGGUUUUGUCAGCCCAUCUCCAUCCCGCUUUGCACCGACAUCGCCUACAACCAGACCAUCAUGCCGAACCUCCUGGGCCACACCAACCAGGAGGACGCCGGGCUGGAGGUGCACCAGUUCUACCCCCUGGUUAAGGUCCAGUGCUCUGCGGAUCUAAAGUUCUUCCUCUGCUCCAUGUAUGCGCCGGUAUGCACGGUGCUGGAGCAGGCCAUCCCCCCUUGUCGGUCGCUGUGUGAGCGUGCACGACAGGGGUGUGAAGCCCUGAUGAACAAAUUCGGUUUCCAGUGGCCGGAGCGCCUCCGAUGCGAGGCUUUCCCGGUCCAUGGAGCCGGUGAGAUCUGCGUCGGUCAGAACACAUCCGAACCCAGCAGCCCGGCCUCAUCGUCUUCCCCAUAUGCACCCGAACCCGUGACCCUUCCCCCAAACAUUGGCCGACACAACCCACGCCCGCCUCCGCACAACCAGUACCACCAGUUCUCCUGCCCUCUACAGCUGGAGGUGCCUUCCUAUCUGGGCUACAAAUUCAUGGGGGUGAAAGACUGUGGGGCCCCAUGUGAGCCCACCAAACACACCGGUAUCAUGUAUUUCCGAGAGGAUGAGGUGAAGUUCGGCCGGUUGUGGGUCGGGAUCUGGUCCAUUUUGUGCUGUGUGAGCACCUUGUUCACAGUGCUCACAUAUCUCGUUGACAUGAGGCGGUUCAGAUAUCCCGAGAGGCCCAUCAUCUUCCUCUCUGGGUGUUAUUUCAUGGUGGCGGUGGCCUACGCUGCUGGGUUUUUCCUAGAGGACAAAGUUGUUUGUGUUGAUAAAUUCAAGGAUGAUGGCUACAGGACUGUGGCUCAGGGGACUAAAAAGGAGGGCUGCACCAUCCUCUUCAUGGUGUUGUACUUUUUUGGUAUGGCCAGCUCCAUCUGGUGGGUGAUUUUGUCCCUGACCUGGUUCCUCUCUGCUGGGAUGAAAUGGGGCCAUGAGGCGAUUGAAGCCAACUCCCAGUACUUCCACCUGGCCGCAUGGGCUGUCCCAGCCAUCAAAACCAUCACCAUCCUCGCCAUGGGCCAGGUGGAUGGAGACGUCCUCACUGGAGUUUGUUUCGUUGGGAUCUUCAACGUGGACUCCCUGCGGGGCUUUGUCCUGGCUCCACUGUUUGUCUACCUGUUUAUUGGGACGUCCUUCCUCCUGGCCGGCUUUGUGUCCCUCUUUCGGAUCCGCACCAUCAUGAAGCACGACGGCACCAAGACAGAGAAGCUGGAGAAGUUGAUGGUUCGGAUUGGCGUGUUCAGCGUCCUCUACACGGUACCGGCCACCAUAGUGAUCGCCUGUUACUUCUACGAGCAGGCCUUCAGGGAGCACUGGGAGCGGACCUGGCACAUGCAGACCUGUAAGCGCUUCGCAGUCCCCUGUCCGGCUCACAACUUCGCCCCGAUGACUCCAGACUUCACGGUGUUCAUGAUCAAGUACCUGAUGACCAUGAUAGUUGGGAUCACUUCGGGUUUCUGGGUCUGGUCCGGGAAGACUCUCCAAUCAUGGAAGCGGUUUUACAAGCGCCUUAGCAACGGUAACCAUGGAGAGACAACGGUGUGAAGUUUGGAGGAUGGAAAGGCACCAAGCCGUGGAGAUUUUGGAUAUAAACAUGUAAAUGAGGUCAAAUAGCUUUCAUUUUUUAAUACCAUUUUUGAUUGGAUUUUUUGAGUUAUCAGGUUGUCACAUCGGGCAACCAAACUUUAACCUAUAUUCGAUAGAAAUCGGACAAACUUUCGACAUAUAUCUUUGUUUUUUUUGUCACCAUCAGAGACAACACUCAUCGCCUUUGCAUCUUUUGGAUUAUGAACUGGUGUAAAUUGCCCCAUACUGGUCCCUGGACUGUAAUGCCAGACUGGUGAAGUUACUUUUAAUUUGAAACUCACUACAUAUUAUUGAUUAUAUCCUCUUUUUAAAAAAAAUAUUAAUGAAUGAAUGUACUUCCUGUCUACUCUGGUGCAAAGAAACAACACUACAAGACACAAGACUGAUGGGUCAAGAAGUAGUGUGGCCUGUCUGUCCACACUACAGCAAAAAGGUCAAUGGUUUGAUCCCUACAGCAGCCGCACCCACUGACUGUGAAUCCAUGAAAUAGGGAUGCCUGGAUUACUCAUGUACAUUUGAUGAACUCUGCUUAGGCUAAAGACUGAAACUCUUGGAUAUGUCUGUUAGGUACUGCAGAGUACAAUCCCACCUGUUUUUAAUCUGAGGGAUAAUGCAUCACGACUCUGCCAUUACAUGCCAAGUGGCUGCCCAGAAAUCAAAACUAUUAUUAUUUCUUUUCUUUUUUUUUUUUACAAACUGUUGAGUAUUUGCUCCUGAAUGUUCACUCCGAAAGGUGAAUGAAGUUAUGUAUUGGUUUGCACAGCAUAUCCUAAAGGUUAAAAGUGUUAAAAACAAACAAAAAAAAAAGACUGAUUCACCGCAGGAUGACCUGGAUCAAACAGUUCAAGAGACCACACACAGGCCUCCACUCUGCAAUGAAGACAACGGUUCAUUGUUUGUCUCUGUGUGUGGUCUCUCAACUGUUGGAUCAGCCCCACCACCCCUCCAUCAAAAAGACUUUUUAAGCUUUUAAGACAUCCAAAGCACCAUUUCAAAGAUCCAGAUUUAAUCCACGUGGAGUGGAAAUGGUUGCUCUGGAUUUUCAAAGUUAUUUUAUCUUGGAUAAAAAUGACACUUUCACGCCUGUAUUCUAUCCAAUGUAACUAAAACUGCCUUACUCCCUUUUAUAAUUUCACUUCAAGUGUUAAAUGGUUGUUUCACAAGCAGACUGAAUAUUUUAGAGUUGUUUUUUUUUUUAAACGAAUCAUUAUUUUAGUGUCUUUGGCUACCUUACGUUAUCCUUAAAAAAACACAGAGACUGCAUUUAUUUUUUCUGCAUCUGGAAACAGGAUUUAUGUUUUGAUGUUCUGAAUCAUGGAAACACCAGGAAGGAGGUCAAAAGGUUGCAGCUAUGUGGAAAUAUGUUUUAUUCUUUAUCGUGGAGACAGACUGUGCAGUGUUUAGCAGAGUGACUGAAUUACUGGAGAUAACACAAGCAAGUUAUUGCAACAGAAUUGCAAAGUUACAAAUAAUUGGACACCUUACAAGAGAAACCUGAUGACACUCCUAUUAUUCCAACAACACAACACAACAUUUAUUUUCUGAAACUUGAGUAGUUUCAGUGGAAACCAGACACUUAAGUCAUUAAUUUAGACUUCACUUAGUAAUGCUGAAGGUCCCAUCGGUAAUCCAGUUGCAUGUAGUCAACAGAAGAUCCUGUGAGCAGAAAAACGUGUUUUUCUUUUUAAAUCUUGACUGCGAGUUUGUUUUUCGUCUCUUCUUUCUAGCACGUUUUCCUCUCACAUGAAAAUGAUGAAUGGAAACACCACGCAGCAACGAGGGAAGACUCACAACGUUAUGACCUUUUAUAGACCUGGUUAUUCUAGUUAUUUUUAGUCUAUAAAAGCUUUGUCCUGAAUCCACACACCGCACUAGAGAACACACACUUUGUACCGAUCUUCAUAGUAUAUUGUUUAAACAGUUCGCAUACAUGAAUUGUCACAUUUCCCAUGUGAAUGUACUACAUACCUCAAACCCCGGAUUGAGUUGGUAAGCAGGGCAACGCUCCACUACACGAGUCAUCUCUCGACCAUCAAACUUUUACCUAACAAGGCAAAAGUGAUCUGUUGUCUUCUUCAGAGUCAAUGGUACCAGACUGAUGUGGUUGUCUUGUACUAAAGGUACAGAAGGAAUAUGAGUGUGUGUGGUUUCUUUUUUUAAUUCAAACAUAUGCAACCUACCAAGUAAACACAGUUUUUUUGUUUUGUUAAAGGCAUAUUGUAUUUAUGGGGAUACUCAUUUUGUCUUUUUUACUUGUUUUUUUAAAGAUAAGCCUGUUGUAUGUGUACAGUUUGAAUAAAAGUGAUAAGGUUUGUAA